AUGAAUGAGAGAAUUUUGGAAUUGGAAAGUGAAGGGGAUGAAUGUUUGCGACAUCACUACUCAGGAACUGGAGGUGUAGAUUUAAAACAAAAGACAUUGAUAAAUCUCCCUGCUGCACCAACUACUGUAUUAAACCAUGAUAAUACAGGGGAAGUGCAGUUAGUUGCAAAAGAUUUAAAGUCACAAGAAAUGGAUAACAUAGUAAAGGAAAGUGGGCAGGUUCCACAACAGGAUUUCAAUUGUUUUUUGCAGUGGCUUUGCAAUUUUAAAAGAAUUACAGAGAUGUACAAUUUGACUGUUUAGGAUAUAAAGAAGGUGUCGCAGUGAGCAAUUGGAAAUGGUCUCUGGGUCAAGAGUGUACAGAGGUGUGGGCAGACACCUAGAACUGCAGAUAUAUUUAAAGAAAUAAUGCAUGUGCUUUAUGGAAAUCAUUCUGAUGUGUCUUUGUGUGGAAAAAUUAAACAGUUAAAACAGGAAUCUCCCUAUGAAUUGUCAGAUAGAAUUUCAACAGUUUUGAAAAAUUUAAGUGUACAUAAUUCUGGUUUUGAACAUGGAGGAAUGGUACACAGAACAAUUUUUCUAGAUGCUUUGGAAGAAAAUAUCAGAGAAAGCACAUUAUCUGUAACUCAUAAUCCUUCAGAUUUAAAUGAUAUACUCCUAAGGGCUGAUCAUUUUUGGAGGAAAAUAUUUAAAAAUAAUAUUUCUGUAGUGGCUUCAGUGAGAGGUUUUAAGGAAAAAGGCCAAAACUAUCAUUGUCUAGGUCAAUAUAGAGAAAAAUACAGAAUUUUUAGAAGUGGAUCUCAGUAUGGACAGAAGAGUCAGAAUUACAAAAGGAAAUUAAGGACUAAGACUUGGAUUCCAUUUUCCCAAAUUAAAAAUGAGAAUGAGGAGUUGAUAAGAUAA